GCCCUCCUCCGUUUCUUCUUUAAAUAUCUGCAUUGUCAACCUCAUCUGUCUCGCCAAAAGUCCUCAUACUGCAAUCAUGACCAAGUUGACCAACCUUCUGAUUCUUCUUCCUCUCAUAUGUGGAGCGCGCGCUGCUCCUUUGGCGGCUCCGCAAACUCCAUAUGAAAUUGUUCCCAAGGCUGAGACAGGACCUGCUGGGAUUGACGGUGACGAUCCCGCCAUUUGGAUUCACAAAAAAGACACGGCCAAGUCCGUCGUGAUUACAACCUCCAAAGAGAAGGCAGAUGGAGGUCUGCAUGUCUUUGAUUUGGACGGCAAGCCACUGCAAUUCGUCUCAGCUGGCAGGCCCGACAACGUUGAUGUAAUCUAUGACCUAGAAUUUGAUUCUGAGAAAAUUGACAUUGCUAUCGCGGCCUGCCGAACCGAUGACACCAUCUGUAUGUGGAAGAUUAACGAGAAGGGGCGGCUUGAGGAGAUUCGAGGUGGAACGCAACCAACGCCAGACGGGUUUAAGGUAUAUGGAAGUUGCGAGUACAAGAGUCCAAAAAGUGGCAAGCAGUAUGUCUUCAUCAACUCGAAAACUUCCGAGUACCUCCAAUAUGAGAUUUUCGCGAAGGGCCGCAGCCUCACAUCUAAACUGGUUCGUCGUUGGAAAGCGGGCAAUGGAGGCCAGGUUGAGGGGUGUGUGGCUGACAAGGAUAAUGGAUGGUUGUUCGUCGGCGAGGAGGACAAAGGACUGUGGAAGUAUGAUGCUGAACCUAACGGAAGUACCAAGGGAACCUUGGUUGAUUCCGUUGACACUGCAAAUGGAGGGCAUCUGGUUCCAGAUGUUGAAGGUGUAUCACUAUUUUAUGGCAAAGAAAAGGACGAGGGAUAUAUCUUCGUCUCCGUCCAAGGCAUCAGCGCAUACAACGUUUAUGAGAGGAAAGCCCCCCACAAGUAUCUUUUUUCCUUCACUGUUAAGGCGGGUAACAAUAUCGACGAAGUGACUGAGACUGACGGCCUUGCUGUCGUCUCCACCGGCUUGGGAACCAAAUUCCCACAGGGACUGCUGGUAGUUCAUGAUGACCAUAAAACGAAUCCAGAUGGUAGCCAAGCCGCCGAAACGACUUUCAAGUACGUGGACUUUUCUGACAUUGCCAACAACGACCGUGUGAAGUUGAGGGUCAACCCCACCUGGGAUCCCCGCAAAUGAGGACGAAUGCAAAUUUCAGAUCCUUACCAUGCCCGCCUGAAUUUAUCAUGCGAUAUUAAUGAUAGAUCAUGCUAUAUACCAUAUAUACAUAAGGAUAGAAUCAAAUCAGGGAGCUAUACUGCAAC